CCCUCAGCUGCAGUUUAUGAUUAAUUCAUUAUUUUCUCUCUCUCUCCCCGUUACAUAAAAAAUAUUACAAAACAAAGUAGGCUGCAUGCUGCCCUCGCAUGGAAAACGAUCCGAGGUCCGCGGAAUGCAGCAGACGCAGGGAGAAGCUCCGCCGAAGCGCAUUGAGCACACAUUGAACCGAGACGGUUGAAGUUUUAGUGUGCGCGGAGUAACGUUACUCCCCGCGGGCCAGCGUGGACUGAUGAUGGCCCUAACGGUCCACCUGAGGACGGUCACCCACCUCCGGGGGAAAGGAGACAGGAUGGCCAAAGUUACAUUCAGAGGUCUAUCCUUCUACAGCCGUGUUGCAGAGAACUGCGAGGAGGUUGCACACUUUAAUGAGACCUUUCGAUGGCCCAUUGCCAGCAGGCUGGAUGGAAAUGAAAUACUGGAGAUCCAAGUGUACAACUACAGCAAACUCUUUUCCAACAGACUGGUGGGGACAUUCUGCAUGGUUCUUCAGAAGGUGGCUGAGGAAGGACACCUGGAGCUGACCGACACGCUAAUUGAUGACAAUAACACAUCAAUAAAGACCAGCAUCAUUCUCGAGAUCAAAUACCAGCCCAUGGUCGGUAUGGUGGGCGUGUGGAGUGACGGCGAGUUCCUGGAUGUCCCUGAUGACCGUGAGGGGAUGUUUGCCUUUGAGACAGACAGCCUACUGUCAAGACAAAGUCAUGGGUCGGGAAUAUCCCGGCAAACCUUACAGGGAUCCAUACCAACCUUUAGAAAAGCAGGGAAGGGGGUGUUUUCAGCCAUGAAGCUUGGCAAGAUCAAGAGCGCUAAAGACGACCACAAGAAAGGGGAUGAACCAGCGAUCCUGGACACGGAAGACCUGGACAGGAAAGCAAUGCGUCUUGCUGGAACUCUGGACCCAGACGCCAUCUCUCUGGCAUCUGUCACCGCCAUCACAACAAAUGUCUCCAAUAAGAGAUCAAAGCCGGAUAUCAAGAUGGAGCCAAGCUCUGGGCGACCGGUGGACUAUCAGAUCAGCAUCACUGUGAUUGAGGCCCGACAGCUGAUAGGUCUCAACAUGGACCCUGUGGUGUGUGUGGAGAUUGGGGAAGACAAGAAGUACACAUCAAUGAAGGAGUCCACCAGCUGUCCAUAUUACAAUGAGUAUUUUGUCUUUGACUUCCACGUCCCUCCUGAUGUCAUGUUCGACAAGAUCAUCAAGCUCUCAGUUAUUCACUCUAAAAACCUGCUGAGGAGUGGGACGUUGGUGGGGACCUUUAAAAUGGAUGUGGGCACUGUUUACUCUCAACUUGAACAUCAGUUCUACCACAAGUGGGCUAUUCUGUCUGAUCCCGAUGACAUCACUGCAGGAUGUAAAGGGUAUAUUAAGUGUGACAUUGCUGUGGUGGGUAAGGGCGACAACAUCAAGACCCCACACAAGGCCAACGAGACUGAUGAAGAUGACAUAGAAGGGAAUCUUCUGCUCCCUGAGGGUAUCCCAGCAGAAAGGCAGUGGGCGAGGUUUUACGUGAAGGUGUAUCGUGCUGAGGGCCUCCCAAAAAUGAACACCACCAUCAUGGCUAAUGUGAAGAAAGCCUUCAUAGGAGAAAACAGGGACCUGGUGGAUCCCUAUGUUCAAGUGCAGUUUGCAGGACAGAAAGGUAAAACCUCAGUCCAGAAGAGCAGUUAUGAACCAAUAUGGAACGAGCAAGUCGUCUUCACAGAACUGUUCCCUCCGCUCUGCAAGCGCAUAAAAAUCCAGAUAAGAGACUCCGAUAAGGUCAACGACGUUGCCAUAGGAACACAUUUUAUUGAUCUACGCAAGAUAUCAAAUGAUGGAGACAAAGGGUUUCUGCCCACCCUGGGUCCAGCCUGGGUCAACAUGUAUGGUUCCACUCGCCAGUACACGCUGAUGGACGAGCAUCAGGACCUUAACGAGGGGCUCGGAGAAGGUGUGUCUUUUAGAGCCCGCCUCUUGCUUUCGGUUGCUGUGGAGAUUCUGGACACCACUUCCCCAGAGAUCAUUAGCUCCACCGAGGUGCAGGUGGAGUCUGUCUCCAACAUCUCAGAGAGUGCCACGGGGAAAAUAGAUGAGUUUUUCCUCUUUGGUUCCUUCCUGGAGGCCACCAUGAUUGACAGGAAGAUUGGCGAUAAAGCAAUCAGCUUUGAAAUUACAAUAGGUAAUUACGGCAACCAGAUUGAUGGCAUCAGCAAGCCUUCCUUGGCAAAGAAGACGAAGAGAGAGGGCGAAAAUGAAGAGGAGGAGAGCGAGCUCAUCCAGAAUUCGAGUGAGGAAGAAGCAGACGAAGACGUGGAUUUGGUCUCGGUCUCCUGCACUCCUUUCAUGAAGCCCGUCAUCACUGACAGGAACUAUUUUCACCUCCCCUACUUUGAGAAGAAGCCUUGUGUCUACAUCAAGAGUUGGUGGCAGGACCAGAGAAGACGACUGUACAACUCCAACAUGAUGGACAAGAUCGCAGACAAACUGGAAGAAGGUCUGAAUGAUGUUCAGGAGAUCAUUAAGACAGAGAAAGCGUUUCCCGAGCGCAGACUCCGGGGAGUCCUGGAGGAGCUCAGUGUUGGCUGCAGUCGGUUUGUGACUCUGGCUAACAAGGACGUGAACCAGGCAGGCAGAACCAAACUGGACAGAGAACGGCUGAAAUGCUGCAUGAGAGAGUUGGACAGCAUGGCACAGCAGGCCAAGCAGAUACGGACCCAGGUGAAGAAGAACACUGUCAGAGACAAGCUUAAGCUGGUGCAGAACUUUCUGCAUAAACUCAGAUUCCUUGCUGAUGAGCCACAGCACAGCAUCCCGGAUGUCUUCGUUUGGAUGAUGACCAACAACAAGCGCAUUGCCUACGCCAGGAUUCCUUCAAAGGACAUCUUGUUCUCCAUUGUCGACGAGGAAACUGGCAAAGACUGCAGCAAAGUGAAAGCCGUUUUCCUCAAGCUCCCAGGUAAGAAGGGCUUUGGUCCUGCAGGCUGGACGGUGCAGGCUAAGUUGGAGCUGUAUCUGUGGCUGGGCCUUAACAAGCAACGGAAGGACUUCCUCACCGGUCUCCCGAAUGGAUUUGAAGAGAUCAAAGCGACUAAAAUAGGCCCCGGACUUCACUCUGUGCCCCCAGUCAGCCUCGUCUACAACAUGAAACAGGUCUUCCAGCUGAGGGUGCACAUGUACCAGGCCCGCAGUCUCUUCGCGGCUGACAGCAGUGGGCUGUCCGACCCGUUUGCAAGGGUUUUCUUCUCCACCCACAGUCAGGUGACUGAGGUCCUGAGUGAGACUCUGUGCCCUACGUGGGAUCAGCUGCUGGUCUUUGACAAUGUGGAGCUGUUUGGGGAGGCCUGUGAGCUGAGAGACGACCCUCCAAUCAUCGUGGUUGAAAUCUACGACCAGGACACUGUGGGCAAAGCCGAGUUCAUAGGUCGGACGUUUGCCAAGCCCACCAUCAAGAUGUGUGAAGAACCCUACGGCCCACCGAGGUUUCCGCCGCAGCUGGAGUACUACCAGAUUUACAGAGGGAACUGCACCGCCGGGGAACUGCUGGCUGCCUUUGAGCUGCUGCAGAUUGGUCAAGGUGGGACGGCUGACCUACCUGCUAUCGAAGGGCCAACCGACUGUGAGCAUGGACCCAUCAUUCCUGUGCCCUUAGGAAUCCGCCCGGUGCUGAGUCGCUACCGCAUUGAGGUUUUGUUUUGGGGCUUAAGGGACCUGAAGAGGAUUAACCUGGCGCAGGUGGAUCGGCCUCGUGUGGACAUAGAAUGUGCCGGGAAAGGUGUGCAAUCUGCCCUUAUCCAGAACUAUAAGAAGAACCCCAACUUUAGCACCCUGGUCAAGUGGUUUGAGGUGGACCUGCCAGAAAAUGAGCUGCUUCACCCUCCUCUUAACAUUCGGGUGGUGGACUGCCGGGCAUUUGGCCGCUACAUCCUGGUGGGUUCCCACGCAGUCACCAGCCUGAGGCGCUUCAUCUACACCUCUCCAGACAAGACCUCCAACCACUGGACCACAGCAGCUAAGCUAAUGAAUGGCUACAUGGUCCUUACCAAUGGGGGCUCCCAGUCUUGCUCCUCACCCAGCCUUUCCUCCCGCACCCUCUCUUGCUCCGCAGGUGAAAUCAUCGUCAACAUGGACGCAGAGCCUUCGGUCCGAAAACUGGACACGAUUGUCAAAUUAGACGCUACGUCUGACGCCGUUGUAAAAGUUGACGUGAACGAGGAGGAGAAUGACAAAGAGAAGAAAAAGAAGAAGAAGAAAAAGAAGGGAGGUAUGGAAGAAGAAGACGAGACGGACGAGAGCGUGCUGGACUGGUGGUCCAAGUAUUUUGCUUCAAUAGAAACGCUGAAGGAGACUCUCCGAGCCCAGGAGGCAGCUCAGGCCAAGGCGGAGGAGAGGGAGGACUUGGAGAUUGCAGCAGAGUCAGGAGAUUUCAAACCUGAUGAAAUUUUCACAAAAGGCUCCAAGAUGAAGGAAAAGAUCAAAGAAAAGAAGAACACCAAGGACAAGAAGAAGGGUCACCCUGGAGACGACGCUGACAAACGACACGUUAAAUCAAAAGUGGAUGAGUUGAUGGUGUACAACAAAGAGCUGGAGAGUGAAUACGGCAACUUUGAAGACUGGCUUCAUACUUUUAACCUAUACAGAGGGAAGGCGGGAGAUGAUGAAGAACACGCGCUGGAUGACGACAGAAUUGUGGGCAGAUUCAAGGGUUCUUUAUGUAUGUACAAGCUGCCUCUGUCUGAAGAACUCACGAGAGACGCUGGAUUUGAUCCUAAUAUGGGAAUGUUUCAGAGCAUCCCACAUAAUGAUCCAAUCAACAUCCUGGUUCGAGUCUACGUGGUCAGGGCUACAGACCUCCAUCCUGCUGAUAUCAACGGGAAAGCUGAUCCGUACAUUGUCAUCAAACUGGGCAAGUCAGAAGUCAAAGAUAAAGAGAACUACAUCUCUAAACAGCUUAAUCCUGUGUUUGGAAAAUCAUUUGACAUCGAGGCCACGUUCCCAAUGGAGUCCAUGCUGACGGUGUCCGUGUACGACUGGGACCUGGUGGGAACUGACGAUCUCAUCGGAGAGACCAAGAUUGACCUGGAGAAUCGAUUCUACAGCAAAUACAGAGCCACGUGCGGCAUUUCCUCCAACUACUCUGUUCAUGGAUACAACAUUUGGCGCGACCCUCUGAAGCCCAGUCAGAUCCUGAUGAAGCUUUGUAAGGAUGGAAAGAUCGAUGCUCCUCAAUAUGGACCUGGGGGCAAAGUCAAAGUGGCAAACCGAAUCUUUCUAGGACCUACGGAGAUUGAAGAUGAAAAUGGCUUGAAGAAGCAGACUGAGGAACAUUUGGCUUUGACUGUCUUGAACCACUGGGAGGAGAUCCCCAGAGUGGGCUGCAGACUCGUCCCUGAACACGUGGAGACCCGAGCCCUCCUGAACCCCAGUAAACCCGGUAUUGAACAGGGUCGUAUUGAGAUGUGGGUAGAUAUGUUUCCUAUGGACAUGCCUGCUCCCGGACCUGCCAUCGACAUAUCACCACGGAAACCAAAGAGAUAUGAGCUCAGGGUGAUUAUUUGGAAUACAGACGAAGUAAUACUGGAGGACGAUGAUUACUUCACUGGGGAAAAGUCCAGUGACAUAUUUGUCAGGGGGUGGCUCAAAGGACAGCAGGAGGACAGGCAGGACACGGAUGUCCACUACCACUCCCUGACUGGUGAAGGCAACUUUAACUGGCGCUACGUUUUCCCAUUCGAUUACCUCAUGGCCGAGGAGAAGAUCGUCAUCUCCAAGAAGGAGUCCAUGUUCUCCUGGGACGAGACCGAGUACAAGAUUCCUCUUCGCCUCACGCUACAAGUCUGGGAUGCAGACCACUUCUCUGCAGACGAUUUCCUGGGUGCGAUCGAGCUGGACCUAAACCGUUUCCCUCGAGGUGCCAAGACAGCCAAGCAAUGUUCGCUUGACAUGGUCCGAAAUGAGCAGGAGCUGCCCACCAUUUCUAUCUUCAAACAAAAGAGGGUGAAGGGCUGGUGGCCGUUUGUAGCCCGCGAUGAGAACGAUGAGAUGGAGCUAACGGGUAAAGUGGAAGCUGAACUUCACCUGGUCACAGCAGAAGAGGCCGAGAAAAGUCCUGUAGGACUGGGACGAAAUGAACCCGAUCCACUAGAGAAACCAAAUCGCCCCGACACAACCUUCCUGUGGUUCCUGAGCCCGCUGAAAGCCAUCCGCUACCUGAUUUGCAACCGUUACAAGUGGCUGAUCAUCAAGAUCGUGUUGGCCCUGCUGUUGCUGAUCAUGCUGGGACUCUUCCUCUACAGCAUGCCAGGAUACCUUGUCAAGAAACUGCUGGGAGCCUAAAGGACUGCUGGGAAAACAGUGGGGGAAAGGGGGGAGCAUUGAGGAGCUAGAGGGCCUAGAAUUGAGGAGCUCGGCCUGUCCCUUUGUCCCACAGCACAGAAGUAAAAAAAAAAACAAACCAGCAGGUUGGUUUGAAUUUAU